CGCGUUCGGACGAAUGCUUCUAUGUAUUGUCCGACUGGUGUUAGCGGUGGACGGUGGUAGUGGUGGUGGUUGUGGUGCCGACAAGUGAUAUAAUCGUCGUUCUUCCUUUUCUUCUUUUUAAUGCCCGUUGUCGUACUCGCACGUUAACGCGCUUCGUUUUACAAAGAAAUUUUAUUUUUUUACUCUGUUUUUUGUUUUUGUUGUUUUUUUUACGAAUCUUUUAAAUGUCACGGUGUCAUUAUUUGUGAGUACGAUUGUCUGAUUAUUUUUUCGCAUUAUCGUUAAAACGCGCACGUACGUCAUACUCGUAUUAUUAUUAUCAUUGUCGUUGUGUUGUGUCACUUUUCGCUGUGCAUGGACUACGUACCGGAGGUACCCAGUGGUGAUAUUUUCUAACUGAGUUUUUUUAACAACUGCAAAUUGUGUGAGUGUCUUGGGGUCGCCAUUACACCUGGCGCGUGUUCCGUUGAGUUCGUUUCCAUACCAUCGUUUGUAGCAUGAACGUCGCGCCAGUCGCGACGCUGUGUUCAACUACUCUGUAAGCGUAUGAGCGCGUGUUAUUUAUUAUAUUGUGAAUAUCUGCUGUUCGAUUAUCGCGUCGUAAAGCCAACCAAUUUUGUAGUAAAUAGUAAUAUUCAGGAGGUUUUCCGCAAUUCCGAAUUCGUAGCGUCUCAACAUUUAUCUCACAUGCGACAUAUGGAGAAGUUUUCAGAUAAUACUUACACAAAAUGUUGAACGAGUUGAAAGCAGUGUUCGCUAUGAUGUCUACGUUGUCUUUCUACAUACUCUAUAAAAACCACCACACAAACUUGUUUGUUCAAUACGUUUAGACAUCUAUUUGAUAUACUAUGAUAAUGGACACUACACCGACUGUUAAUAUUGCACAGCAGCAGUCGCCUGCUUAUGGACUCAUGAAACGAGGGAAACGUGGUGCAGCCGCACUCAUUGCAGCUGAUUGUUGUUUGAUUGCUGAUGCAGCUACUAGCCAACAACAGCAGCAAGAUGAUGGUAGUGGAGAUACAGCUGCGGCUGAUUCUGUUCUUACCCGUUGUAAAUUACUGGACGAUAUGCUGGACGUGCUGCUUAAUCCAUACGAUGCGAUUGGCGAGUGGAAUAAUUUGGAUUGGUUACGUUGGUUAAUGGCUGGUGGUAAAACCUUAGAUGAAUUUAGCAGUGCAGUUAAAGUAUAUGACUAUGGUACAUGUUGUGGCCUCGUUUGGACAGCCAAUUAUGUGGCAUAUAGAUGUCGUACUUGCAGUAUAUCUCCUUGUAUGUCCCUGUGUGGAGAUUGUUUUAAGCGAGGUGAUCAUACAGGUCAUGAUUUCAAUAUGUUUCGUUCUCAAGCAGGAGGAGCAUGUGAUUGUGGAGACACGAGUGUAAUGAAGCCUGAUGGGUUUUGUCGCAAACAUAGCAGUACAAAUAAUAUUGAUGGUACUAGUACCAGCAGUAAUAGUGGUUGUAAACAACCUCCAGCCGAUUUAUUGAGGGUAGCUGAGAGAAUAAUGCCAAGACUUUUGUUACGACUUGUGCAGUAUUUACGUGAAAACAGUAAAAUUGCCGAUUCUAGAACAAGCAAUACACAUGUACCACCAGGAGGCGUUGGAGGCGCAGGUGCUGGAAUGACAAAUCAGCAACAAAACUUAUUACUUAUAGACUUGGACCCCUUUUUGGGUAUGUUACACGACCUUGGUGCUCUUGGAGCUGCUAUGCGACGUGUUAUGACUGUAUCUCUAACCAAUGAAAGAAUAUACCGAUGGGCAUGUGAUUACUACAGUAGCAGUGGUAAUUGUAGCAGUGAUUCUAAUAUACAGCAACAACAGCAGCAGCAACAACAGACUAUUUAUACUAUAUAUACAGAUAAAGUGCGUCGCUAUUAUGCCGAAGCUAUUCAUCAAUACACUACCAAUCGUCGACAACAUCGCAGUAACCCAAGAAUUGGAGAUGUUAUGCAUGGCAGUAAUAGUCUUAGUAAUUCUGAAGACGACGACGAUGAUGAUGAUGAUGAAUUUGGACAAGAUGAUUGGUUGGUUGAUGGUCAGAAUAAUAGUGGACGAAAGAACAAACUGAAUCAUUCUAGUUUUUUGCAAGAAAUUGUUUUUUGGACUGUUCGAUAUGAGUUUCCUCAAAAGAUGGUCUGCUUUCUAUUGAACAUGUUACCUGAUGCAGCAUACAAAGAAGCAUUGACUGAAGCAUUUGUUAUGCACUAUGGAUGUGUGGCACGUGUUUUGGCAACUACACGGGAUUCUGAUACCCUUUCUAACCAUAUUGUUCACAUUAGCGUUCAAUUGUUUAGUAAUGAAGCAUUAGCUACUCGAAUGGUCGACAAAUUAGGAUUACUUAGAAUAAUGGUAUCAAGCCUAAGGCGCAUGAUGACAAAAAUACUGAUACCUUCAACAUUACAUGAUCCUAUGAAAAACAGACACAGGGUUGUAGAUUGUUCAAAGGCCGUUAUGAAAGAGCAUUGUUAUUGGCCACUGGUUAGUGAUUUAAACAAUGUGUUAUCACAUCGGCCAAUUGCUGUUAAAUUUAUGUGUGAUGAUCGUUUAUUGGAUUCAUGGUUUUCAUAUUUAUCAAUGUUUCAAGGAAUGAAUGUUAAUUGUCGAGAGUUGGGACAUCACGUUGAAUUUGAACCAAACACUUAUUAUGCUGCUUUUAGUGCUGAACUUGAAGCUAGUGCAUAUCCAAUGUGGGCUAUGCUGUCACAUCUUUCAUCUGCCGACACUUUAUCAUUAUCCUAUCGUGUGUUACGUGCUUGUCUUAAACGUUUACGCAAAUGGCUUGUAGAUGUUGGUUACUACUAUAAUCAGGACCAGAGUUAUACUUGUGAUAGUAUUGCUUCCUCUUCUGUUAACUCUAAUGCAAGUACAUCCACGCCCAUUAUUCGACAAUUAGAUGAUCGCCAUCAGUUUACUUUUCAUCUACCUUUGCACCGGUAUUUGGCAGUAUUUUUGUGUCAAGCUGUGCGUGCUCAAGGUGCCCGUAUUGAAGACAUAAUACCACAAAGCAAUAAGGAUGAUUUAGCUGAUAGAGACUCAUUGUUAAUGGCAAUAGCUUCACAUCCUGUCCGUGCUCAAUCAGCAUUUUACGAAAUCAUGCAGGGUGCAUGGGUGCGUAAUGGCCUACAAAUUAAAGGUCAAGCUAUGACAUAUAUCCAAUCAAAUUUUUGUAUAUCCAUGGUAGAUGCUGACAUUUAUUUACUUCAACUUUGUCUGUCUGAAUUAUCAGAUGCCAACAUAUUCAUGUCUUUAAUAUUGGAAAAGUUUAAAGUGUAUGAUUGGAUGCAUGUAGUCAAACAUGGUGGAUUACCUCAAGUAAUGGAUUCAGAGGAAUAUGAUGCAGCACCUAGUAUGGAGGGUUUAUUAGUUUUUCUUGCAACUUUAAUAGGCGUCCGCACUAAUUUAUGUUCUGAUGAAGAUUAUGAUUAUUGUCAGUCCCAAUUAGAAAUGGUCACAUUAUUAUGUGUUUCUGAUAAAACGCACAGCCAAUUAAUGGAACUAAUGCCCGAACGUUGUGGUGGUAUUCAAACUAGCACUACAACUACUACUAGUCCUAUAAAUACCAGCGGUGAUAGUGCAUCUCAAAAUCCUCGCUCUCUUGAGCAAGAAUCUCCACCAUCUAUGCGUGAUUUUGAAACUAUAUUACAAGCUGUGGCUGAGUAUAAGAGACCUCAAUUUGAAGCAUCUGGUAAUAUGCAACAAGGGUUGUAUGUGCCUUUAGCACAUGUUUGGAAAAAAUUGUACGAUCCAGUACAUGUCCUUUUAAGAGCUGUACAUAGACGUGACUUCCAAUCAUCCAUGGAUCGUUACACAACAUUUAUGCGUUCUAUCGGAGUGCUGAAACAAAAUCAAAAUACUUGGCCACCAUAUAGGAUGCCUCAAAAACAUCAUCCAGCAUAUCGUAAUCCUUGCAGAGCACUGUUAUCUAAAUUAUUUCAUGCCGUUGUCUGGCAUUGCUUAUACCGUUCAGCAGUUUAUCGUGAUAUUAGUGAACAUACACUCAGUCUAUUGGUCUAUCUCCUUGAUCAGGCAUGGAUAUGUUAUAACAAUACUCCUUUUGACAAUAAGACAUCUAAUAAUGAACAGCAGCCAAUGGACACAGAUCCACCAACUAAACCGUCUGCAUCAUCAUCCUCAACAUCAGCAGCUUCAUCUAGAGAAUCUAAAAACGGUCCAAAAAGAAAGAUUAAAAUAACUGUAGCAGAUGCUAGUAAUUCUGAUAGUGAUGCAGCUAAUGCUAAAGAAACAACACUUCUACUAUUGAAUAAUUGGUAUGAACAUGAUGAUUUGGCAUACAAUUUGUGUACUACUAUUACACAUGUUGAGUUGCCACCACCUUACUAUCAUUAUUUUUUUGGCGAAGAAGCAACUAAUACUACUUCUAAUGUAACGGCUGCUUCAACAAUGGCAACCAAUUUAUUUGAUUAUUUUACAUCAUCUGUAGCAGCAGCUGCUUCUGUAGCUAGCUCUUCCUCACCAAUUACUGUUCCUCAUAACUUCGAACCUGGUAACUCACAACAACAACAACCUAAUGUUGUUCCAUCUUUGGCUACAAUAGCCGGCAAUGAAAUACCUCUUGCUGGUUCUUCUAUUCCUAUACGUUCACCUUUUUAUAGUUUAAAUGCUGCAGCAGCUGCUACAUCUUCUACAAUGGCAGAUUCUGCGUUGAAUCGUGUUAAACAACGCUUGCAAUUCUUACGUCCUCCACCCAAAACAGAUUCUUCAUCUACACAAGAGCAACAUCAGUCAUCAUCGUCAUCAUCAUCAACAUCAUCAGAUAUACACAUACCAAUAAUUGAUCUUACCUUACCUGAAUUUCCAUUUGAGUCUUUAAGAAAUGUUGAUAAUCAAACAUCAAUUUUGGGAGUUGAUAAAAAUACAGUUAUAGAAGUUGAUGAUCAACAAAAUUCAUUAGUAUGUAUAAAUGAGAGUAUCAUUUCCUUGCUUUUAAAAUUGCACUCACAGUUGUCGGGUGAACCAGAUUCAUAUCAGCUGCCUGCAUUUUUACCUGAACCAACCACUUCUAAUAAUUUAAUUGAUGGUGCUAAGAUAAACCAAUCGACAUCGGAAAAUGAUAAUGUCCGAGAAGAAGUGCCCCCUUGUGGUGACGGGGCAUUUUUUGUAGGUCGUUUGUUGGAUAAAAUAGCUAAAGAGUCAUCAUCAUGUUAUGAUUGCAUAUUGCGUACUAGACUGGCUUUAUGGCCAAUAUCAGUGGUAAUGCGAGAAACUGCUUCAAGGGAUGACGAAGAACGUGAGCGGCGGGAACGUAAACGUCGAGCUCGUGACAAGCAACAGCAGAUGAUGGAAGAAAUGGCACGAGCGCAACGUGCAUUUCUUGAAAGUGCACGUCGCUCUGGAGAUCUAGAUUCUACUGAUACACAAUCACAAUCUACCAGUGGCACUACUUCAAACAUGGAAUGUGAUGUACCAGCUUCUACUGUCGAACUAUCGACUUCAACUGUUUGUAAUAGUGAAGCCACUACCUCAAUGUUACCAAACACUAUCGUUGAAAUAGAUGAAAAUAGUAGUAGUAGUAAUAAUAGUACAACAACAACAACAAAAGAAUCGACAACUAAUAAUCGUGGAUCUGAUCAUCAUGAAACGACAUUAACUGUAGAUUGUGUAAUUUGUAAUCAGACUGUGAUAGUACAGAUAGAGCAACAGCGUCAAGAUCCAGUUGGAUUAGUAAUAUUGGUUCAAGGUACAAACGUUUUAGCACAUAGACGUCAUAUUGUUUCACAAUCAGUUGUAUCAACAAAUCAAUAUAAUGUCAGUAAUAUCAAUACUACCGAGUAUGAGCAACAAUCAUUAGAUACGGAAAAGGCCACUGGUUUCACAAAUAUUAAUAAUGUUGAAAAUAGUUGUGUAGUCAACAAUGAACAAAAUUAUUAUCAUUAUUGGCCUGCUUUACCACCAUUGAAUUCGCAGCAACUUCAUCAACAAUCUACAUCUGUAGUAAAUGACCCUAAAUCACUGCAACAACAUAAUCAAAUGAUUGUGACAACAAUUGCUGAUAAUUACGAUGCAACUACAUAUGCCUCACAUUCUGACCGUCGCAAACGUCUGAUGUCGCAAUAUUUUAAUAACUUGGAUAAGGCUGAUUUUGAAGUUGGAUCUCUUACUACUACUACUAGUGCUACUCCAGUUGGUGGUAAUGUCCAUGUACAGACCUGUGGCCAUCACUUACAUUUAAGGUGUUGGAGUUCAUAUCUGGCAUCGUUACGUGGUGCUCAGCGUUUUAACGCAGACCGUGGUGAAUAUAGUUGUCCACUUUGUCGACAAUUAGCCAAUUCUUUAAUGCCGUUAAUACCAGAAGUUGUUAUUGAUCAAAAUCAGCAACAACGUGGUUGUACUCCUUUUAACAAUAUUAUUACUGCAAGUACUAUGUCUGACACUGUGAGUAAAUUGACAGAACUAAUAAAACAGCAAGAACAUGAAUCACCAAAUCCAGAACAAUCUAGUGAUGUUGUUUGCUGUGGUGAAACAUCAACUUCUGUUUUCAUUGGUGAUACAGAAAACAUUGUUAAUCGACAUCCUUUGCAUCAGAAUGUUCAUCACCAUCAUAGUAAUGAUGAUGAUUAUUCCCUGGCACAGAACCAAAUACGUGAUAUUGUUCCUGUUGGUGGUGUAGAAGAUGGAGUUGGUGGCAAUGAAGGAGAGGGAGAAGAUUUAGAAAAUGGAGAAGAUCCAUUAUUGAGUGCUGUUAAUAGAUGUGUUAGCGAUAUGAUUACUACAACAGUCGUCACAGCUGCAGCUCAAACUGUAUCAUUGCCACAUACAUUAUUGACGUCUUCUCAGCGAGAAAAAUUGUACAAAGUAAGAUGGCAUAGUGUUGUCUCUGUAGCUUGGACAAAUAUCCAAGUGGAAUUGGUGCAGCGUAACAACAGUCUUAUAGAACAACUGCAGCUAGAUCAGUCAUCAUUACAUUGUGGUAAUAAUUAUUAUCGUCGACUCAAUUUGUUUUCUACUACUGCAGUUAACGCUACAGAUAAUAAUGGUGGAAAUAAUUAUUACAAUAUGUUGCCCAAACGCAAUUGUAUAGCACCAUUGUUAAAAGUAUUGCGUGUGAGUGCCCGAUCGUUGAUGGCCAAAUAUCAGACUCCUGAAUAUAAUCCUAUUAGUGAUGUAUGGUACAAAUUAAUUGGGUGUGAUCAGCCUCGGCAACAGUUAAGCGAAAUUUAUCCACCUUUAAUGAUGCGUGAUCCAUGUUCUGUACUUUUACAACUUGUGUUGUUAUUACCUACUCUAGACCGCGAUUUGUUUGAUACAUUAAUCAAACUCACUUACAAUAUGCAACUGUAUAUAGCUGCUUUGAAAGUAGCCUCUACAUGGAAUCGUAACUGUAGAUUCAACCGUCAACUUUAUCACCGCCGACGACAUCACAGUAAUCUAAAUACAAGAAAAAUAUCAACAAAAGCUGAAGAAAGAACUGAUGAAAGCACUAGUAUUCAAAUGGAUUUAGACGAUGGACGCAAUAAUAAACAGUCAUCAUUAUCCAUGGAUAUAACCGAAGUUGACAAUACACUACCAUUGACACCUUUAUUUUCACAAGUUGUAGCUUUAGCCAAAACAAUAGUAUUUUUGUCAGAUGAUGAUAAAACUGAAAUAGUGAACAUCGAUUCAAUAGUUAAUAAUGAUGAUGAAUUUAUGAUGCAUCAAGAAGAUGAGGGUGUUGAAAAUAUUAUUAGUGAUGACAAACUUGACGGGUCAAUAGAUACCUCAGAAAAUGAUGAAGAAAAUAUGUUACUGCUAGAAUCUUAUGGAAGACGUAGUACACUGCCAUUUUUGCGAUUUGCUGCUCUAUUAAAAAAAUAUAUUAAUGGAGAUGAUGAUGACAAUCUAGAAGACCACCCCGAGCUUACAAUAUCUUCAUCAUCACAACUUGGUAAUUUAAAUGUAGAACAAAGCAAACAAAAAGAACAACUAUUGGAUGGCCAAUUGCAGCAUAGCCAUCAACUUUCAUCACCAUCGGUUGAAGUUAACUAUAAUGUCAAUUUUUCAUCUACAAAUGAUCCUCACCAUGAUCAACAUUGGUCAAAAGACGAUUAUGAAUACCUAAUGCUCGCUCGAUAUUUAAAACUGUUAAACAAUAAUGAGGAAGCUCAUGAAGUCAGUGAUCAUUGUGAAGAAAGCUAUAACUUCAAUUGUUCAUACAAUGAAAGUAAUGACAAUCAAAACCAAAACAUUUAUGAAAAAAGACAAAAUAUACCAUUGCUGCCGCCGUCUGCCAUGGAAGCUGUCAUUUGGCCUCAAUGGUCAUAUUCUAGCAAUGAUAAAAGUAAUAAAAUUUCAACAACUAUUUCUCGUACUUGGUUUACAUGUUUUCGUGAAUCAUUGACUACCAAAAUACCUAAAGCCACUAUCAUUGGUGAAAAUACGACUACUAUUGUUUCUUCUGCUGUUGCUGAAAUCGACCCAAAUUCUAAAGCCACCACUUCAGCUAAUAUCAUAAUGGCUGCACGUAUGUUACUUUUUGCUGAUUGUUGUGAUGGUGGUGGUGUCAGUGAUGGCACCAAUCAUGGUAUCUUAGAUAGCAGCCGUUUAUUCCCACCAAUCAAUUGGAUGGGGCCUCGAUUGUUGAAGUUACCACAUCUGUAUGACGACGUUUUCCAGUACUAUCAUGGUAGAGCCUGUCAUCGGUGUCAUGGUGUACCACGAGAGACUAGCGUGUGUUUAGUUUGUGGUACUGUGGUAUGCCUGAAAGAAAAUUGUUGUAAAACAAAUCACAUUUUUGAAGCAGUACAACACUCGUUGGAAUGCGGCGGUGGUACAGGUAUGUUCUUAGUUGUGACUUCAAGUUCCGUUGUAGUAAUUCGUGGCAAACGGGCAUGUCUUUGGGGAUCUGUUUACCUGGAUGCAUUUGGUGAAGAAGAUCGAGAACUCAAACGUGGAAAACCAUUAUAUUUAAGUGCAGAACGAUACAGACUAUUAGAACAUCAGUGGUUGGCGCAUAGAUUCGACCAUACUAAUAAGAAAUGGGUAUGGCACAGAGAUGCAUUGUAAAUGAUGUGAAGUUAACAGUAAUGAUAAUGGCUUUGAUAAUAUACACAAUAUUACUUGAAUUAGUAGUCUUAAUAUUAGUCUAAUAAAAACAACGGCAACUGGUGUCAUUACCAUUUCUUUAACAAUGUUGUGAUAUAUUUCUUAAUCUAAAACCUUAAUGGUAUAUUGUGUUGUAAACAAUUUUUUAUAAUUAUUGUUAUUAUUUACAUAUGAACUAUUAUUAUUUUUAUUAUUUUAACUAUUUUACUCCCAUUACAAUUAUAUUAAAAAUAAUUAUGUAUAUAAAACAUGUUUAUUGAUGUGAAUUUAUUAUUAAUUAUUAUGUCGUGUGUAUGUAUGUAACAUAGCACCCAUUAUUUUAUUAUUUUAAUAUAUUUAUGUAAUAACUACA